AUGGCAUCCUUAGCAGAAGGUGCCUCGUUUCCAAAGCAAUGCGUCGGCCCACGUUACCGUCCAGAAAAGCAGAAACCCACUGCCACCGUUUCAACUGAGGUGCCAUUCGAAAAUGUGCAUACCCUCCCUCAGACCCCGCAGCUUAUCGCACUUUUGACCAUGAUCAGGGACAAGAAAACCGAGCGGGCAGAUUUCAUCUUUUAUUCCAACCGCAUCAUUCGCUUGCUGGUCGAGGAAGGACUAAACCAUCUCCCAGUGGUUGAACAUCCGAUUACAACCCCCGUUGGGCGCUCAUAUGCAGGCGUCAUGUUCCAGGGGAAAAUAUGUGGUGUUUCAAUUAUGAGAGCUGGAGAAGCCAUGGAGCAAGGGUUGCGAGACUGUUGUCGUUCGGUGAGAAUCGGCAAGAUUUUGAUCCAGCGGGAUGAGGAGACCUGCCAGCCAAAACUCUUCUAUGACAAGCUCCCUGAAGAUAUCGCAAGUCGUUGGGUUCUGUUAUUGGAUCCAAUGUUUGCAACAGGUGGCUCUGCGAUCAUGGCCGUGGAGGUGUUGAUAUCUCGUGGUGUGCCAGAGAACCGUAUCCUCUUUCUGAAUGUCAUUGCCAGUCCACAGGGCAUUGAGAAGUUCUCCAAAAAGUUUCCCCAGCUUAGAGUGGUGACAGCAUUUAUAGACCAGGGUCUCGACGAGAAAAACUAUAUUAUUCCUGGCCUUGGGGACUUUGGAGACAGAUUCUACACCAUGUGA